AAAACCCUAUAAAAGCUCUUCAACGCAGUUCCCAGCUGGACCUCCGACCUCCUACCUCCUCACCUUCUUCUUUCUCCAUUCUAGCUAUCUUAGCUAGCUAGAUAUCUCUCUGAAAUCUCUUCUUGUUGGGUUGAGAUGGGUAGGAGUGGUGGUGGCGGUGGUGGUCCGGCGAUGUUGCUGGUGGCGGCGGUGCUCGUCGCCGGCGCCGCCGUCAGCAAUGCGCAGCUGAAGGUGGGGUUCUACUCCAAGUCAUGCCCUACAGCUGAAUCCACCGUCGCCUCCGCCGUCCGGCAGUUCGCCGACGCCGACAGCACCAUCCUCCCCGCCCUUGUUCGUCUCCAGUUCCACGACUGCUUCGCCAAGGGGUGUGAUGGGUCGGUGCUGAUCAAGGGAGUGGGGAAUAACGCGGAGGUGAACAACAACAAGCACCAGGGGCUGCGUGGGCUUGACGUGGUGGACAGCAUCAAGCAGCAGCUGGAGUCGGAGUGCCCCGGCGUCGUCUCCUGCGCCGACAUCGUCGUCCUCGCCUCCCGCGACGCCAUCGCCUUCACGGGUGGGCCGUCGUUCGACGUGCCGACGGGGCGGCGCGACGGGCGGACGUCGAGCCUCCGCGACGCCGACGUGCUCCCCGACGUCAAGGACUCCAUCGACGUCCUCCGCUCCAAGUUCGCCGCCAAUGGCCUCGACGACAAGGACCUCGUCCUCCUCAGCUCGGCGCACACGGUGGGGACGACGGCGUGCUUCUUCCUGCAGGACAGGCUGUACAACUUCCCGCUCGCCGGCGGCGGCCGCGGCGCGGACCCGUCGAUCCCGGAGGCGUUCCUCUCGGAGCUCCAGUCCCGGUGCGCCCCCGGCGACUUCAACACGCGGCUGCCGCUCGACCGCGGCAGCGAGGCCGAGUUCGACACCUCCAUCCUCCGCAACAUCCGCAACGGCUUCGCCGUCAUCGCCUCCGACGCCGCGCUCUACAACGCCACGGCCACCGUCGGCGUCGUCGACACCUACUCCAGCAUGCUCAGCGCCUUCUUCGGCCCCUACUUCCGCCAGGACUUCGCCGACGCCAUGGUCAAGAUGGGGAGCGUCGGCGUGCUCACCGGCGCCGCCGGCGAGGUCAGGAAAGUCUGCUCCAAGUUCAACUGAGUUUGAAAAAAAAUUAAGCUAGAGCUAUUAGCUGGUAGAAUGAGAUGAAAAUUAAUCAUCCAUGGUUGGCAUAAUUUUAAUUUCUUCUUGAAAUCAACAAAAUUGUGUAGAUCAUAAUUAAAUUACUGGAAAUUAAAAGGAAUUGAUCAAGUUCAUGUGCAUCUUGCUGGGACAGAAGAAGAGAGAAAUUUUGCAUAAAGGUCCAAAAAUAUUAAAUUAAUUGAGGAUCUGUGCAGUUUUCUUCUUUUCUGGGGUCUCAGAAGAUGGAAUAUAUACAGAGAGAGGGGUUAUAAGAUAAAUUUGGUCUACAUGUUUAUAUAUAUACAUAUAUGUACAAGUGAGAUAUAGUCAUUUUUGUUCUUGGGUUUGGGGUAUUUUGUUGAUUUGUUGCCGAGUGAAACUGUAAAGAAGUGUUGAAUUCAUUGAUUCUAAGUGGUGCCAAACCUCUGUAACGAUCUGUCCCCUAGCUUAAUUUUUUUUCUUUGGUUGGAUUGUAAAUUAAAAGCUACCAUUUGCUUCUUGUUACGAGCUUUAAAGUGCAGUUAUAUUGUUAGGGCCGGCCUAGUACAUGGAUUGUUCUA